AUGGCUUUGAGCGCAGAAAACGUGUCGAAGCGUGGCAUUCCCGAGGUUAAGGUUUUGGAGGAUGUAGAAGCGUAUUUGAAACGUGAAGGUAAUAUAACGGUGGAUGAAGGAGUGAAGCGAAUCGAGAAGACGUAUCGAACGUAUAAAUUUGUGGAGCAGCAGAUUUUGACUGAGAAAGCGAGGAUUGCAUCCAGAAUACCGGAUUUAAAGAAUUCACUGCAAAUGAUUGAGAUUCUGGAGAAUAAUGCGGUUUGCCUUUGGCUAGGUGCCAAUGUGAUGGUGGAAUUCACAUUAGAAGAAGCACGUAAUCUGUUGCAAAAGAGUUACGACCAAGCAAAUUCGGCGACCGAAUUGUUAACAAAAGAAUUGGGCUUUGUAAAGGAUCAGAUAACGACAACAGAAGUGAAUAUGGCUCAUGUGUAUAAUUAUGGGGUGCGGAUUAAGAAAUCGGAGAGUAGUAAUUAA